CUCCCUCCCUCCCUCUCUCUCUCUCUCUCUCUGGAAUAACAAACACAAAGUAAACUUCAACACUCGGGAUUAUAGAUUAUAGAUAUUUACAUAUCUUCUGUUUCCAGACAGACUUGUGUGGAAGUUUGUGUGAAAGAAAAACAAACACACACACACGCAGCUAGCUAGCGUGCUAGCUAGCACAAGCUAACGGUAGCUAACUGUGUGCAGCUCCUCCACACCACGGGGCCUCGGAGGACAGAAGGAGGGAGGACGAGCUUCAUGAGUUAUGUCUGCCACAAGCAUCGACCCUCAGAGAUCAAAGGGACAAGCAUCUAAAGUGCAAAAUGGUUCGCUGCAUCAGAAGGAGACUCACCAUGACAAUGACUUUGAGCCAUACCUCACUAGUCAAUCAACUCAGAACAACAGCUACCAGUCCAUCACCGACCCCUACCUGUCCAGCUACUACGCCCCCUCCAUUGGAUUUCCGUAUCCCCUCAGCGAGGCUCCAUGGUCUACAGGCGGGGACCCCCCUAUUCCAUACCUCACCCCCUAUGGAGCCUUGAGCAACGGAGACCAUCACUUCAUGCCGGACACGGUGUUCGGGCAGCCGGGGGGCCUGGGGAGCAACAUCUACCCCCACCGGUUUAACUUUUUCCCCGAAAACCCUGCCUUCUCUGCUUGGGGCACGAGUGGCUCCCAGGCCCAGCAGACUCAAAGUUCAGCCUACGGCGGCAGCUACAGCUACCCCCCCAGCUCUCUGGGGGGCACCCUGGUGCCUGAUGGUCAGACGGGCUUUCACAGCGACACCCUCAACAAGGCCCCCGGCAUGAACAGCCUGGAGCAGGGCAUGGUGGGCUUGAAGAUCGGCGGGGACGUCACCGGUCAGGGCUCGGGGGUCAAGGCCGUGGGAUCCGUGAUCGGUGGACCGGUGGUGGCGGCGACAGGGAACGGAGCCACGCCUAUUGGGAUGCCGCCGCCCAAACCCACCUCCUGGGCGGCCAUCGCCAGCAAGCCCGCCAAGCCGCAGCAGCUGAAGACUAAGGUGAAGCCGGGGAUGACCCCUGGGGGAGCUCUACCCCCGCCUCCGAUCAAACACAACAUGAACAUCGGGACCUGGGAGAAGGGCCCCGUGACUAAAGUAGCCACCGCUCCACUGCAGCAGCAGCAGCAGCCCCUCGGCCUGCCCCACCACGCCAUGCCACCUCAAGGCCACAUGCAGCAAGGACCCAUGCACCCCCCGCCCCCCCAGUCUAUGGUGCAGCCCCAGAUGCAGCCUAUGACCUUACAGACCCACCAUCACCAACACCAGCAUCAGCACCAGCAGCACCAGCAGCACCAGCACCAGCACCACCAGCCGCCGCCUCAGCCCUACCAAAACCACAACCAGCCCCCUCAACCCCAGACCCGUUGGGUUGCCCCCCGCAACCGCAACCAAGGCUACGGGCAGGGCGGCCCCGGCCAUGACGGUAGCGGUAUGAUGGGCAUGGUUGGUAGCGGGAACUGCGGGCCUCAAACGUGUGCCAGCCAGGGACCCGGUGCAGAGUCCCACCCGGUGCUGGAUAAGCUGCGUGCCUCCCAUAGCUACAACCCCAAGGACUUUGAAUGGAACCUGAAGAACGGACGCGUUUUCAUCAUUAAGAGCUACUCCGAGGACGAUAUCCACCGCUCCAUCAAGUACUCCAUCUGGUGCAGCACGGAGCACGGCAACAAGCGGCUGGACUCAGCCUUCCGGGCCAUGAACGCCAAAGGCCCCGUGUACCUUCUGUUCAGCGUCAACGGCAGCGGGCACUUCUGCGGCGUGGCGGAGAUGCGCUCCCCGGUGGACUACGGCACCAGUGCCGGCGUUUGGGCUCAGGACAAGUGGAAGGGCAAGUUCGACGUGGACUGGUUGUUCGUGAAGGACGUGCCCAACAGCCAGCUGCGCCACAUCCGCCUGGAGAACAACGACAACAAGCCGGUGACCAACUCCCGCGACACCCAGGAGGUUCCUCUGGAGAAAGCCAAGCAGGUGCUGAAGAUCAUCGCCUCCUACAAACACACCACCUCCAUCUUUGAUGACUUCUCCCACUACGAGAAGAGGCAGGAGGAGGAGGAGGAGACUUUUGAACCUUCUCCGAUACCGAACCGCUCUCGGUUGGAUCAGGAGCGCCAAAACAGGAAUAAACAAUAGAAGACAUUUAUCCUUGGCUUGAUCAACAGUUACAGACUAGGACUUUUGAUUUAAGAGACAGAAGAAUAAGAAAAUACAAAGUCCUUCAUUUUUUUCUUCUUCUUAUUUAAUCCUGGUGAAUCUCUGCCAUUGUCGAGACUUGUGCUUAUUUUUUUAUCAUUUUUUUUUGCCCCAUGUACCACCCACUUCUUGUGCAGGGAUAACAAGCUGAUUAAUGUAUCACCCAGCCACCACCACACCCUUUAGUUUUUGUUUUUUUUAAAGAAUAUUUUUCUUCCCGUUCCAUCUCGUACUCUUCUCUCACCAGACUGGUUUCUCUCUCUCCUGCCCCACACCCCCCACCUCUUUCCAAUUGAAUCAGGGUUUGACUGCACCACGGAGGAAAAAAAAACAAAUAUCUGCCACUUUAUAUUUCAGUACAAUCAGGAACGGACGUGUCCUGCCCCUGUUUGUCCAUUUGGGGGCAACGUUGCCAUGCUUCAGAGGUUUAACUGUGCCAACAGGGUUGACGGAUCCCAAAGGCAACGUUCGGACUUGGAGCCUACGCGAUUAAUAAAACUUCAAUGUUUUAUCUAUUUUUCAUUCAAAUCGACAAAAUCUCUAUUUUUUGGCUUACUACUGACAAUUUUCAUUUUCAGAAAAACCUGUUUUUUCUGGAGCCUUAAUGUUUUUUUUUGGUUUUUGUUUUUUUCUAAUUAUUGGUGACUUUUCAAAAAGAACUGCUCAAACAGUGACACUGCUGGAGAAAUCAGGGAUAGUGUGAAGUCACACGGGACUCGAGACAUUUUUCCGAGGAGGAGUUGCAAAGGCCUCUGGGAAAAAAAGAAAUAAUGGAUGUGUCCUCCACAACCAGAACUCUCACCAUUUUAAGUCAAAAAUUGUACUAUUGACUUCCCUCACGCCCUUCUGCUUGCUUUCUUUUUCGAUGUUUUGUCUUCAAAGGGUCUUUUGUAUGUUUCAUGGGGAGAUUCUGCUUCGUGUACGCAACCCAGUCUGAGAGAAUUGUUGCAUCCACCAUUUUAAGUUGUUUUAUAAUCAGAAUCAUGUAACGAUGUAACUGCUACAUUGAAUUAAUUGUUGCUUUUUUUUUGUUCCACAAAAUAGGGAGGGGAGGGGGGUUCUCAUAUUUUUGUCCAUUCACCAUCAUUCUGUCUUAAUCCUCUGUUUUGUUUUAGUUUUUUUUCCUCAAAUUUGUUUUUGCUAAGUCUAUCAUGUUGGUCGUAAUGCUAAGCUUUAACGUAGGAGCCUAUAUAUUCAUGGAGAAAGCCUAAAAAAAUGUAUAACCUAAAAAUUAAUGUAACUGAUUUACUAUCGAGUAAGAAAAAAAGAUAAGAAUGAAA